GUACGAAUUCAGACGAGAAGUAGCCUAUCGAAAUUGUUGUAGCAACAAGGUGCGUUAUCUGAAUUUAUCAGAAUUUUUACAAGGAAAAUAACAUUAAAACUUGACUUGGAUAAAUUGAAAAAACAAUGUCGGAUAUUCAUUCCACAACUUUCCGCUAUGAGGCUGUGUGUAAAGAGCUUAGUAUUGAUCCUAACCCUUACCUUGUGAAGAUGCUGGAGAAGGAGAAGGAAGACACAAUUUUGAGGAAGGAACAAGGUGAGAUCAAGGACACCAUGCAUCUAUAUUUGGCGGGAAACAACAAGCUUCUGACAGACAAGCGUCUGGAUGAUAAAGACUGUGAAGUUUUAUACAAGCUUCUACAGAAUAAUGUGUUUGUGACAAGUAUAGAUCUUCGCUACAAUAAUAUAACAGAUGAAGGGAUUAAAUUUUUGUCAAAGUUACUUGAGGAGAAUUCUGUAAUAGAAGACAUCAAUAUCAUGUGUAAUGACUUUGGAAAAGAUGGCGCAGAAAUGCUGGCCAAGGCACUACAUAAAAAUGCUGGUUUGAGAGCGUUGAGAUUGAAUGGAAACAAGAUAGGAAAUAAAGGAGGGAUGUUUUUUGCUCAAAUGUUACAGAUAAAUACAACUCUUCGUGCUCUUGAUUUAGCUGAUACUGAUCUGACAACAGAAAGUGUGAUUGCCUUGGCUACAGUUCUAAACAACAACAAAUCUCUGAAAGCUUUAAAUGUGAACAGACCUAUACUGUUCUCGGAACAAGAGGAAUGUGUUGUUCAUUUUGCUAAAAUGCUUAAGGUGAACACUACACUAGAAGAAAUCCACCUACAGAAAUAUGAUAUCCGAGACUUUGGUGCCACUAGAUUGGCUGAAAACCUGAUGGAAAACUUUACCCUGCAGUGCUUGGAUCUUAGCUGUAACAGAAUCACUCGUGAUGGAGUAAAGGAAUUAGCAAAGGUGUUAAAGAAGAAUACAGCUAUCAAGAAGUUAGAUUUGAGCUUUAACAGACUAGAGGAUGAUGGGGCAAUGCAUCUAGCUGAAGCUAUUUCAACAUACAACACAAAUCUGGAAAUGCUUGAUGUGAGAACAAACAACAUCAGUGGGAAAGGAUUAUGUUCCCUCACAGAUGCUAUGAAGAUGAAUGGCACAAUUUCACAGAUCUUCAUUUGGGGAAACAACCUUGAAGAAAGUGCUGCAAUAGCCUUUGCAAACCUCAUGGAGACUGGAAGACUACAAAAAUCUAACACAGAUGUUCAGCCAUACAUUGUUGAUGGUAAAACAAUACUCAGUGAACUAAACCACAGUUUACAAAGACACUAUUACUAUGCCCCAAGCUAUGGUGAUGAUGUGCCGUCAUGGCAACCACGAGGAAAAAACCCACGUGGGUCUGAUGUUGUUGCCUAUACUAACAGUGGUAAACAACUCAUGUUGUGAAUGGAAUUAUGAGUUAAAUGUUAUUUAUAAUGUGACCAUUAAACACACUGGACUUUCAAAGACAUGUAACAUGGUGAAUAUGAAGGACCUCUUUCAGUUUGUGACUGUUGUCUAACCAUCUUUUAUUUCAUUAACAGUUGGAUUUUGCUGAGAUAUUCUCUUAUGUGAAAUAUUUUAAGUCUGGAGAUAGAUACAUGUAUUUCUAGAGAUAGAUACAUGUAUUUCUAUACACUCGCGCAUAUAAUAUGCACAAGAACUUCAUCUUGUACAUUUACAUUUUGAAAUAUGAUCUUAAUCCAUAAAAGAUCCUUAAAAUCCUAAAGCUUUUUAUAGUUUUAUAAUAUUUUAUAAAAUUCAAAAGACAAUAAUACAAAAAUGAAAAUGACUUUAGAAGAAAUGCUUUAAUAUUACAAUUAUUUUACUCAUUCACUUUUGACUAAAAUUUCUUUAUUUCACAUUCUCAUUUUCAAGCAGAACUUGAACAAAACAAAGAUAAAAUCUUAAGAUACUUUUAAAGGUAUUUGAAAUUUGGCAUCUAUGGCAGUAAUGGGUAAUAAUUGUCUGUUUCUUUUUGAUAACAUUUAAAGAUAUUUCACUUAUUUUCUCAAAAAAAGUGAAAAAAAUCGGUUUGAUAUUUCUAUGCAAAAAGCAUUUAUUUAGAUGUAAAAUCAUCAAGUGUGUUGGUCUCAAAGGAGAGUUACAUGUAUAUCUUAGUGAAAUUAUAAUAUUGUACAUUUCUUUGUCUGUGAUACAUUGUACAGUGAAAAAGUAUUAUACACUUUAUUAUUGAAUUAAAAUGUUAAAUGAA